CCAGCAGCAGCAGAUGUUACCCUGCACGAGUCUCCUCAGCAGCAGCAGCAGCAGCAGCAGCAGCAGCAGCAGCAGCAGCAGCAGCAGAUGUUACCCUGCACGAGUCUCCUCAGCAGCAGCAGCAGCAGCAGCAGCAGCAGCAGCAGCAGCAGCAGCAGAUGUUACCCUGCACGAGUCUCCUCAUGGGCGUCGGCAGCGCCAUGUCGCGCUGUUCAGCAGCAGCAGCAGCAGCCAAUACAGUGGCAGCAGCAGCAGCAGCCGAAUCAGCAGCAGCAGCAGCAGCCGAAUCAGCAGCAGCAGCAGCAGCAGCAGCAGAAGCAGCAGCAGCAGCAGCAAAGUAUUUGCUUACAGCUAUUUGA